AUGCCACCUUUCUCUGCAAGUGAAACUGAGUACCAGGAUUUACUUCUUUAUGAAUCUCUAAAUACUUUAUCGGAUAUUUAUGAGGAUUUACCGGAACCAAAUUAUUCUUACUUACCCGUAUCUGAUUCAAAACAUUGCUCUUUAGAAGUAAAACCAGUAAAUUUUAAAGAGUUGGGAGUAAACUUGGAAGCUAUAAAACUUGACAAAGAUGAUGUUACCUUAAACAAAAAAAUUGGAAGUGGUAAUUUUGCAGAUGUGUACAAAGGUAAAUACCAAGGCAGUUUAGUUGCUGUUAAGAAAUGUAAGCGAAACUCAAUGACUUCCGAAGCUUUCUUGGAUGAAGCAAAGAUCAUGAAAAUGUUAAACCAUGAAAAUAUUUUGAACAUUAUUGGGGUGAUUUUGUCUUCACCAAUAUGUAUUGUUAUGGAGUUCAUCAAUAAGGGAAGUCUUAAAGGGUUUUUACAAAAUGGUGAAGGAAAGGAAUACAGUAUGCCACAACUGUUUGAUGUUGCAAUCCAGAUUGCCUCAGCAAUGAUACAUCUUGAUGAAAUGAAAAUCAUUCACAGAGAUUUACGUGCAGACAAUGUAUUAGUAGAAGAAAGUAUUUAUUACACUACAUAUAUUUAUAAAGUUGCAGACUUUGGAUUGGCUUGUUAUGCACCUACUGGAGAAUAUAAAGCAGUUAAAGGAAAGUUUCCAAUAAAAUGGACUGCAUUGGAGGCAUUAGUCUUCAACACUUUUACUGAAAAAAGUGAUGUUUGGAGUUUUGGUGUUUUAAUGAUGGAACUUUUUACCAAAGGGAAAAAGCCAUAUCCAGGCACCAAAAGCAAUAAAGUUAUACAAAAAUUAAAAUUUGGAUAUAGAAUGCCACAAUACGAGGCAAAAUAUUCUAUACAACCUUAUCCUGCUUGUUGUUAUGAAUUAAUGUUAAGGUGUUGGGAAGAAAUUGACAGCAAAAGGCCAACAUUUGCAUUCAUCAAGAGUUUCUUUGAAGAUUUAAAAUUCGUUACUAAACAUAAUUUCGAUUACUUGCAAAAUUUUGGUGAAAAAUCUGAGGAUGAGAGAGCAAGAUACAUACACAGCUUGAAAGUAAAAAAGGAAGUAAAACCAACAGAAGAAACACUGAAUCCAAGAAAACACCUAAAACAUGCUUCUGAUAAUGCUGAAUAUGUCAACAUCGCAAAUACAUCUACAAAUGAUUCAGAGUAUGAAGAAAUACCAGCUAAAUCUUCUGUAGAUGACAAUUAUUUUGGGCUCAACACUGAAAGCAUUAAUAAAAUGCUUUCUGAUGCUAACACUAAGCUGCAGAUGAUUCCCAAAGCUUCUAUAAUGGUCAAUUCUGAGGAGGAAAGUCAAAAUACAUCGAUGGUGGCUAUUACAGAAGACAAUUCUGUGGCAACUUUAGAAACUAAAGGUAUUAUGAGUAAGGGUGUUGAAAUCUAA